GACAAAUUGGAGCAAGCUUGCAUCGUGGCCAUGACGUCUCUAUCGCCGCCUCUACCGCCGCCUGGGCGGUCGAAAGAAGACAGGAUCGCUGAGCUUGUCGCUACAUGCACCAUGUUCGAGACCGACCCGUGCAGCAAGCACUAUGAUUUAGGACGUGUGAUCGGCAGCGGCGCAUUCUCUGUCGUGCGCAUGGCUACGCAGAAGCAGACCAAGAUGAAGGUUGCCGCGAAAUGCAUCAAGAAAGCGAUGCUCGACGUCCAUGAAGUCGAAGCAUUCAUUAUGGAAGCGUCAGUGUUGAAGGAGAUGGACCACCCAAAUGUGAUCAAGCUUCACGCGGUGUACUCGGAGCCAGACCUGUUCAUCUUGAUCACGGAGUUCGUGGAAGGUGGCGAGUUGUUUGACCGCAUCGUGGAUAAAACGUUCUACACCGAACGAGAAGCCCGCGACGUUGUCAAGGGCCUCCUGGAAGUGACCGCGUAUUUUCACGCUGCCAACAUUGUCCAUCGCGACCUCAAGCCAGAGAAUAUCCUACUCGUCCAUCGUGACGACGAUGCCAAUUUCAAGCUCGCCGACUUCGGGUUCGCCAAGCGCGUCGACCUCUCCAAGGAUCAUCUCAUCACGCAAUGCGGUACUCCAGGAUAUGUGGCCCCCGAGGUCCUCCGCGGCAAGGCGUACGGGAACGGCGUCGACAUCUGGAGCAUCGGUGUCAUCACAUACAUCCUCCUUUGCGGCUAUCCGCCGUUCCAUAACGACAAUCGGAACGCGCUGUUCCAGCAAGUGAAGAAAGGCGCGUUCGAGUUUCACAGCCCGUACUGGGACAACAUUUCGGAAGCAGCCAAGGACUUUAUCCGAUUGAUGCUCACGGUGGACCCGAAUGUGAGACCAACCGCCAAAACUCUCCUCAAACUACCCUGGAUCGCCGGAGCCAACGUCGGUAACGUGCAACUCGAAACGGCGUUGCGGCAACUGCGGCAAUUCAACGCAUAUCGACGAUUUAAAGCUGCCAGUAUCGCGGUACAAAUGUGUGAUUUUGAGGGCGUCCUCUUCAUCGAGUCUUUUCAGGUGAUGACGUCCGUGGCAUUCACCAGCGCGCCAAAACGAUCAACGUCUGUUGACCUCUCCACACCCGUCUAGACAAUGCCAUCGGGGAAGAUGGACGAUGGCCGCAUGGGAUUACUUUGCUCUCCAUUGCACCAAGAUGUGCCGCGGAUGACGUUGGCGGCUGUGAUGCCCUUGGACGAGUGUACUUGAUGUGACGAGCAAGAGAAUUCCAGUUGAAGCCGAGAAGGUAAAGAAAUUGAAUAACCUGUUAAAAUACAUUUAAUAUUCAAGGGAAA